GUGCUGGUGGUGGUGAUGGGGUGUUGUUGUUGGUGUCAGGGCGCUGGUGCCUGUGUUGGGGUGCCAAUGGGUGUGGUGGGGUGUCGGUGAGGGUGCUGGGGUGACAGUGCCAGUGGCAGGGUGUUGGUGCCAGUGGUGGGGUGUUGGUGGCAGUAGUGGGGUGUCGGUGCCUCUGAGGGGGUGCUGGUGGUGGUGGUCGUGCUGGGGUGUCAGUGCUGGUGCUGGGGUGCUGGUGGCAGGGUGUUGGUGCCGGUGGUGGGGUGUCGGUGCCUGUGAUGGGGUGGUGGCGGUGCUGGGGUACCAGUGUCAGAGUGCCAGUGCCGGUGUCGGGGUGCUGGUGAUGGGGUGGUGGUGCCGGUGAUGGGGUGUUGGUGCCUGUGAUGGGGUGCUGGUGGCGGUGCUGGUGCUGAUGUCAGAGUGCUGGUGAUGGGGUGGUGGUGCCUGUGAUGGGGUGUUGGUGGCAGUGGUGGGGUGUUGGUGGCAGUGGUGAGGUGUUGGUGCCUGUGAUGGGGUGCUGGUGCUGAUGUCAGAGUGCUGGUGAUGGGGUGCUGGUGCUGGUGGUGGGGUGUUGGUGGCAGUGGUGGGGUGUUGGUGCCUGUGGUGGGGUGCUGGUGCUGAUGUCAGAGUGCUGGUGAUGGGGUGGUGGGGUGUUGGUGGCAGUGGCGGGGUGUUGGUGGCAGUGGUGGGGUGUUGGUGCCUGUGACGGGGUGCUGGUGGUGGUGCCGGGUUGCCGGUGUCAGGGUGCCGGUGCCAGCGGCUGAGGCGGUGCCCGGCGUCCCGCAGGGCGGGCGGCGAUGGCGUACGACGAGCGGCUGGCCCGCUUCCGCCAGGCCCACCUCAACCCCUUCAACAAGGCCCCCGAGGAGCAGCAGGAGCGCCCCGACGGGGCGGCCCCCCCCCCAGCCCCACGGCCGGACCCUUCCCCGGGGGACCCCGAGGGCGCCCUGGACCUGGGCCUGGCCGAAGACCACUUCUCCCGCCCCGUGGGCCUGAUCCUGGCAUCAGACGUGCAGCAGCUGCGCCAAGCCAUCGAGGAGUGCAAGCGGGCCAUCCUGGCGCUGCCUGAGCACUCGGAGCGGCAGAAGGACGCGGUGGUGCGGCUCAUCCACCUCCGCCUCAAGCUGCAGGAGCUGAAGGACCCCGGCGAGGAUGAGCCCAACAUCCGCGUGGUGCUGGAGCAUCGCUUCUACAAGGAGAAGAGCAAAAGCGUGAAGCAGAUGUGCGACAAGUGCAGCACCAUCAUCUGGGGCCUCAUCCAGACCUGGUACACCUGCACAGGCUGCUACUACCGGUGCCACAGCAAGUGCCUGCCGCUGGUGAGCAAGGCCUGCGUGCGGGCCAAGGUCAGCCACCAAGCCGAGUAUCAGCUCAGCAUCUGCCCCGAGAGCGGGCUGGACAGCCAGGACUACCGCUGCGCCGAGUGCCGUGCCCCCGUCUCCCUCCGGGGGGUGCCCAGCGAGGCCCGCCAGUGCGACUACACCGGCCUCUACUACUGCAGCAGCUGCCACUGGAAUGACCUGGCCGUCGUGCCUGCUCGCGCCAUCCACAACUGGGACUUCGAGCCCCGCAAGGUGUCGCGCUGCAGCAUGCGGUACCUGGCGCUGAUGGUGUCGCGCCCCGUGCUGAAGCUGCGGGAGAUCAACCCGCUGCUCUUCAACUACGUGGAGGAGCUGGUGGAAAUCCGGAAGCUGCGCCAGGACAUCCUGCUGAUGAAGCCCUACUUCAUCACCUGCAAGGAGGCGAUGGAGGCCCGGCUGCUGCUGCAGGACCUGAUCGACAUCGAGGCCGGGCGCCUGAGCUGCUCCCUGACGGAGAUCCACACCCUCUUCGCCAAGCACAUCAAGCUGGACUGCGAGCGCUGCCAGGCAAAGGGCUUCGUCUGCGAGCUCUGCAAGGAGGGCGACGUCCUCUUCCCCUUCGACAGCCACACCUCUGUCUGCACCGACUGUUCCGCCGUCUUUCACAGGGACUGCUACUACGACAACUCCACCACCUGCCCCCGGUGCGCCCGGCUCAGCCUGCGCAAGCAGUCCCUCUUCCAGGACUCCGGCACCGAGGCAGAGCUCUGAGAGGGGGGGACCUGGCCCCACGGCAGCCCGCGGGGCCGGACGGGGUGACCCUCCGGCUCUGCGAGGCCGCUGGGACCCCGGACACUGCAGGGUGGGAGGUGUUGGUGUGCGGCAUGGCGGGGGCGAGCGUGCCGUCUGAGCCGGAGCGACGGGUGCUGGCAGGGAGGGUGAGCGUGGUGGGGGGCCCCCCUGCCCCUCAUACACACACAGAAACACACUACUGCGAUAACAUUGCUGAUUUUGGGGGGAAAACCCCGGUUCCCCCCACACCGUGGGCAUGCCCGGUCCUGGGGCUGAGCCCCCCAGGGUGGGGGCGCUGCAGGAGGGCUGGGCCGUGCGGGACCCCCCCGGGUUUCUUGUAGCAUUAACGAGGCCUCUUUGCGCAACUCA